UAACACAUGAGUAAGGCCACUCCUGUCCAAAGUCCUUCAGAGAUGGUUGAUUAGCUGAAGCAGAAGGUUGCUCUGAUAAAACUGUAGAUAUUUUUAUUCUUAACUGGAGGAUCAUUUAAUAAAUUAGAUUAUCAAUGUAAUUCAGAAAUAAAUACACAGGAGUGGAUUUAAAAUAAUCUAAUCCUAUUUCUAUACAAUUUAGAAGAAAAUGUGGUCUGUGAACGUCAUGAUCCUUCUCCUGUUCUGCUAUGCAUGCCUGGCAACUGGAGAUGGCAGUGUGAAAUUUAUCUCCAAAAACUUUUACAAUGUUCUUCACUGGGAUCCUCUACAGCCUUCUUUUCCAGGCCAAAAGGUGCUCUACAGUGUGCAAUACUGGAGGGAUGAUGAGGAGCAGUAUUGGAUAAAGCAUGAGUGUCAAAACAUCACCCACCUGUCGUGUGACCUGACCGCAGAAACCCCAUCGGUCUAUGAUGUUCACUAUAGGGCUAAAGUAAUGGUUAAUGGGACCUGCAUGGGCAUCACCAAGUCCUUUACACCUUUUAGAGAGACUGUUCUUGGUCCACCACAUUUGUCUUUACACACAACACCAUCCACCCUGCAUGUCAAUGUCACCCUGCCACUUGGACCUAAUGGAGUCUCGAUUGCAGAUAUCAUCACCUCUAGCAAAAAGGGCUUAAUAAAAGCUGUGCCAGAGUACAUCUUAACAAUAACCACUCCAGAAUGGGCUGCACAGGUCAUCACAAACAAAACUGGCCAAUUUGAAGUUAUCUUAAAGUACAAUCAGUCUAAAUACUGCGGCCAUGUGGUUUAUUUACCGACUCCAGAAUGGGGUAGGAUACCCAGUGAGAAAGCACCAUUCUGUGUUACUCUGCCAGAUAACCAUCAGAUACCUUUACAGUGGGUUCUUCUAAGUAUUGGUGUUCUGGUAGCCAUUAUCAUACUAUCAGCUGUUUGUAUUUGGAACUAUGUAAAGGAUGGAAACAUAAGGAGCAUUCCAGAGGCAUUGGUAAUCCCCACCAAGCAAUGCAAAGUUUUGCAGCAUCAAGACAAGAAUCUCAGAAUUUCUGAAGUUUCUUUUGGCAUACACUGGGUCCAAAACCAGAUCCAAGACCAGAAGAAGAUAAACCUGCAGAUUUGCCGUGCUUCAUGUGAUUUGCCGUGUGGAUAUUCUCCUCAGGUUGACCCAGAGCACAUCUUCCAGUGCAACCCUGAAACAAGUGCAGAGUCUUCUGGGAGUUAUGGUGCUGUUGCAGUUCAGACCCUGGUUGAAGCGAAUGAAGAAAACCUUAAGCGGGAUCACAUUGCGAAGAGACAAACGAUCCAGGCUACUUUGCCCUGCGGUCAAGAAGAAAAAAAGGAGAAAGGAGGAAUUAUUCCCCAAACUUCCUCAUAUGGUGCACCACAACUGCCGAACUUUAAUGGAAGUGAGGGUACACCAGAGCAGCAGCCGCUGGUGAUAAAUGCUGUAAGAAACAUUGAUGGACAACUUAUGUUGGCUCUAUCUGCAUUUCAAUUACAGACCAGCCCUUGUGGCAUAGAAUUGCAAAUAAACACAGAGAGGAAACCUCUUUUGGAAGAUGUCAUAUUCCAGAACGAGCCCAUGUUUACACCUUUAGAAAGACAAUACAGCGAUGGGAGAGAUUCUGGCUGUUAUGACAGCAAUUUAAAUACACCUACCAGCCCAUUCUGCAACCCUAUUUAUUCCUCUUCUGAAACCAUGCAUCCUAGUUUACAGCAAGAAUGCCAGACCAUGCAACCUGUUGAUGCCAUUUGUCAUUCAGGAUACAAGCAAAACGGGUUGUCUGCAUUCCUAACUGGACUCACUGACAUUCACUGAUAUUCAAAACUAUAGGUUGACAAAAAGACAAACUGAUGAUGACAUUAAGAUCUGUGAAGGCUAGCUUCAAAGAGGAAAUUAAAAAGGUUCUGUAACAGACGGAAUAUUCAAAUCCAAGAUUUGUCCAGUUUAUACUCAAGGCUAAAAAAGCCUUUCACAACAAUAUCCAUGAGGAGCAUUUUUUGGUUCCAUUUUUUUUUUUUUUUGCCAAAACAAGAGAAAGCCAAAUUUGACCGCAGGACUAAUAUCUGACUUUUCAAAGCCAGAAAUGCUGAUGGUUAGGUACAGGCAGAUGUGGAAGUAAUCUUGUGCUGUAUGUAAAUGCUCAUGUCUUUAUGUGAGAAGUUAUGCUUUGCUGUGUUUCCCCUUAUUUUGUAUAUAACAGGUGAACAACAAAUCACAAGAUAAACAAGUAAUGGCAAAAAAAAUAAUGCAGUGUUCAUGAAUAUAAGUGGGAGCCAUCACCAAAACUACAUAAAUAGAUACAUUAAUGGAUUUGAUGAAUUAUUAAUAAUUUACUAACUUAGAUUCAUAUCAGGUUCGAUGCCUGUUUUGCCAUGUUUGAAAAUUAUAAAACCCUACUUUAACAUUCAGUAUAUUUAGCAUUUAAACAAUUUCUCAAUUAACUAAGUGUUUGCAAAGCUGUUUGGUGAUGUGUAACAAUUCCAAUCCAAAUAUUAGGUAAAAAUCAUCUCAUAUUAUUGCCCAUUUUUACACAAACUACUUGUUCCCCCAUUUGAGAGUUGUGGUUUAAUUUGUUAGAUUGUUAAAUAUAUACAUGAAUAUUAGGACAUCAUUUUGUCCUAAUGGAUCAUAGAUAGUAAAACUGAAACAAAAAGGACAUCAUUAAGGAGGUAGCAUUGUGUGUUCUCUUGCAUUAAAUGAAAGCAAAUAGUGCAACAAGCUCAGUUGACAUGGUAAAAUGCAAAGUCUCCUUGCAUACAGUAUGUCUGGCAAGAAAAUUCUUUCCUUACUAUAUGUCCAAAAUAAUCUGAUUCUAAAUUUUUAAUUUAAAUUGGACUCUUAAAAUAAAAAUUUCUGUAAUACAUUCAGCUACCAGUUAUCAGUUGAAAUAUAACGCGCUGAAAGGUCACAUAGCUGUAUGAAAACAUCUUUUUAAAUGCUUCUUACAUGUCUGAGGUUUCCUCUGAUGUCAUAAAAAAAUCACUUUACCUGCUAUGAAAAUAGUUGCUGUUAAAGUUCAGGUUGGAAACAAUAACUGUUCAAAAACACUUGAUUUUUAGUGACUGGCUUAUCACCAAUCCAGAGUAGGUUAUGACUAAAAGCAUUCAGUUUUCGCUCAGUAGACUUUUUCUUAGUGCAUCUUUGAUACAUGCUGCUAUUUAUUCAUUGAAUUUAAUGCAUGUAACUGGUUGUCAUUAUAUUGCAACAUUAGGCUUAAAUUUUAGGUCUGAAAACAAACCUCAUUGUGCAAUAGUUUACUUAUUCACCUUUAGCAUUUUAAAAUAAGAGGAAGGAAGUUGAAUUCAUGUUUAAACGCAUUCUUCCCAUCAUAUUUCAGUAUUAUCUUUAAUGUAGGAAACUCAUACAUGAGUUUCUAAAUCUAUCUCUAAUUAAAAAAAAGUGUUAAAGACUCAUUUUUAUAUUAUCACUGUUUGAUGUUCUUUUAGGGGUAGGGAAAAACCUGUCCUGUCAUAAAAUGAUAUUACCAGGUUGGGUCACGGUACAGUUUAAGCCACACUAAUAAACGCUUGGCUUUUAAAAGCUUGAGUGUACACUUUUUAUAUACAGCUGUAAAGCCAUAAUGUCAGGCGUGUUCAGAGUGUUAUGAGUAACUAUGUACAAAGCAAUGCAAAUGUACAGCAUAUCUGUUCCUGUGCAAAUUAAUGUAAUGUGGAUUUUUGCUGAAUAUUUACUUUGUGAUGUUUAAAUAUUGAGUCUACGCUGUGAAUACAAUAACAGCAACUGAUCUUAUGUUAUGAAAACUUAUCUUUAAAUAAAUUAGAUUGUAAGUUGUGGACAACAAUAGAAUAUAAAUACAGCUUUGUGUAUAAGGUGUCCAAGUAACAGGCUAAAGUAUCAAGAGCAUGGAGGUCGUUAAAUGAUCUCUCAGUUCCCUGGGGUAAAAAGAAUUUCCAGACUAUUAAACUUUAAGUGUGUAACAUCAUAAAA